AUGGGAGUUGUGACUAUCUCAAGCUCAGCUUCUCGCACACCGCUGGGAUUUAAUUCGAAGAUUACAACUAGCAGAUCUGCAUCAAAAAGACCCUUGAUCAUAGAAUUCAGAUCGGAUAAGAACAAUAGCGCAGCUUUGCUGACGCACCAUGAACAGACAUACUAUCCUGUAGAAACCACUAAGGAGCAACAGAAGAAACGGAAAAAUGCAAGAAAACCAUCGAGAAAGGCUGUUUGUACAGAUGAAGUUUCCCCGUGUACCUUGGAAGUUGAUUAUAAUGAUGCUGCGGCCAAACUUGAGAAUAUAUACAAGCUGGCACCUGCGGCAGAAACCUGUUAUGGCAAAGAUGUUGAUCAUGGUGUGAGGAGACGUAGACGGGGGACGAAGAAGACUAAGGAUGUUGAUAAGGGUGAAGAAAUUAAAACUAGUAAAAGAGUGGUCCGUACCUGGAAUAAAAAUGCAAAACGUUUGAGCCUAGAUGGAAGGAUUGCACUAAAAAGGAGAAAGGAAGAACAAGCGACCUUUUCAGUUCAGAGGAAAAAAGUUGUUCUGGAUGAAGAAGAGAAGAUUGAGAAGCUUGUUAGGGAAUAUUCAUCUUCAACUGAUUUGGUUAGCUUGGACUGGAAGAAGAUGAAGAUUCCUCCUGUUCUUCCUUCUUCAGAACAUGCCUGGUUAUUCAAGUUGAUGCAACCAAUGAAGGCUCUUCUUCAAGUGAAGGAAAACUUACGAAACGAUUUGGAAAGGGAACCGAUAGAAGGUGAAUUGGCUGAUGCAACAAAUACAAGCGUAGCUCAAUUAAGAAGACAGUUGGAGGUCGGCCAUGCUGCCAGAAACAAGCUUAUUAAGCAUAAUCUUCGGCUUGUCCUGUUUGUUAUGAAUAAGUAUUUUCAAGACUUUGCAAAUGGUCCAAAGUUUCAAGAUCUUUGCCAAGCUGGGGUGAAAGGACUUAUCACAGCGAUUGACCGUUUUGAACCGAAAAGGAAAUUCCGGCUGUCUACUUACGGCGUCUUCUGGAUCAGGCAUGCCAUUAUACGUUCAAUGACCGUUUCCAGCUUCACACGUGUGUCAUUUGGCCUUGAGUCGGUCAGAGUUGAAAUCCAAAGGGCAAAACUUGAGUUGAUGUUUCAAUUACAGAGAUUGCCAACAGAGGAAGAGAUAAUCAAUAAAGUUGGUAUCUCACCUGAGAGGUACCACGAAGUUAUGAGGGCCUCACGGCCUGUUAUCUCUCUUCAUUCUAGGCACUCGGUCACGCAAGAAGAGUUUAUCAGUGGAAUUACUGAUGUUGAUGGAGUUGGUGGAGACAAUAGGAGGCAACCGGCUCUUCUCAGGCUUGCUCUUGAUGAUGUGCUCGACUCCUUGAAGCCCAAGGAAAGUCUAGUCGUCAGACAGAGGUAUGGGCUCGAUGGUAAAGGUGACCGAACAUUGGGAGAGAUCGCUGGGAACUUGAACAUAUCCAGAGAGAUGGUCCGGAAGCAUGAAGUCAAGGCUCUCAUGAAGCUCAAGCAUCCUGCUCGAGUAGAUUAUCUUCGCCGUUACAUAGUUUGAACCUGUCCACUGUACAUAUCCUCACUUUCCUAUAUCUUCCCCCCGCCGCUUCCGAUCUAUCAUAGCCUGAACAACUGUUUGCAUACUUAUUCUGCACCAUACCCUGUUGGCUAUAUACAUGCCAAUACACAUCUUAUACCACUUUACUCCUAUGCGGAGGUGUAUCAUAUUGCAGAGCAGACAAGAAAUAACGUACUUCUCUCCCCUGUAAAGGUUGUAUUUCUAUACCAAACAACACAAUUUUCAUGACAAGAAUCGGUGUGAAAAGGUUGUUGUGUUCUUUUAGAA